UGCUUGCUGUGUAAACUGUAAAUAAGUGGUAGUUCAUGAUAAUUUUUAAGUUUGUAAAAUAACAAGUAGUAAGUUUUUUAUUUCUUAAAAAAUGGCUACAAUUUCGUCGCCGUCGAUCGAGUUAAGUUCAUACCGCGAUCAGCACUUCAAGGUAGCACAGAAUGGAAGUCGAGCCGAACAAGAUAGAUUAUUAAAACAGUCAACUACUUUAUACGUAGGAAAUUUAUCAUUUUAUACUACAGAGGAACAAAUUUAUGAACUAUUUGGAAAAUGUGGGGAUAUUCGGCGAGUCAUUAUGGGUCUUGAUAAAUAUAAGAAAACGCCGUGUGGAUUUUGUUUUGUCGAGUAUUACAAUCGUGCUGAUGCUGAAAAUUGUUUAAGAUAUAUUAAUGGAACACGUCUAGAUGAUCGAAUCGUAAGAACAGAUUGGGAUGCUGGUUUUAUUGAAGGUAGACAAUACGGUCGAGGAAAAACUGGUGGUCAGGUUCGUGAUGAAUACCGUACUGAUUAUGAUGCUGGUCGAGGAGGAUAUGGAAAAAUAGUACAACAAAAGAGAUGACUUGUUUUCUUCAAUGUUCCAACUUCGGGGAAAUCUAAUACAAAUUUAAUUUUAACGUAUAUGAAUGGAUACUUUAAUUUUU